AUGCCCGAUGGUCCCGAGGAACGAGAUUAUCACGCCUUCUCUGCUACCGAUGUAUCCGAGAUCAAUCCAGUUACUUUUCGCAUGCACAACCCUACCAUGACUUGGUGGCUCCGAGCCGAGGAAAAUGUCAAGCCCGACGAAAACGUCAAACCACUUGGGUGUAUUAUUAUUGGAGAAGUGCCAGAGGAUGUCACGUUCACUCAACUAGACGACCUGUUUCACUCUAUAUCUCUACCGGUAAAGAACACGCAUCCGCAGCAGAGCUGUGUGACUUGGAUCGUGUAUGCCGUACAGGCCCUUCAGGAGCAAGGUUGGGUAACGCAGUUUGAUCUCGACGAGUUCAAAGACCGGGUCGUCUCUUACGCUGACGAUAGGAUGGAAGGGUCAAGCUCACAGCUGGGUGUCUUGUAA